AUGGACAGCAACCACAAGAGUCUGCCGGACGGCACCUGCGAAUACCACCGUCCUCCAGCAGACGACAGUAACAGCGACAGCCAAUCCUACUACGACAAGCACGACACGGUAUUUGGUAGAAUUUUGCGAGGCGAAUUGCCGGCCAUUACGUUAGCGGAAUCGACCCGACUGUUGGCCAUUCAAGACCUAAAGCCCCGAGCACCACUGCAUGCACUGAUCAUUCCCAAGGGAUUUGUCGGUUCCGUCUUUGAUGUAACGGGCGACGAUCAAGAGUGGAUGGAGGAAAUGAAAAGCAUGGCGCUAGAUCUGGUCCAAGCCCAACAUCCCCAAGCAUUUGCCAAGGGAGAUUAUCGCUUGUGUUUUCACAUUCCACCCUUUAAUUCCGUCAAUCAUUUGCAUCUACACGUCUUGGCGCCAGCAUCCACCAUGGGAAUCUACUACAAGUACGUCAAGUACUUACCAGGCACACGAUGGUGUAUUGAAAUGGACGAAGUCAUGACACGACUGCAACAACACAUGUCACCCGUCCCCUACCAACGACCACCCAUGUGUCCACCGCAAACACAAGACAUGACAGCAGCAGCAGCAACAACCAUACCAAACCAGGCCAAAUCUUCGUCAUGCCAGUCGGAAGAAAAAGAAAAAGACAGCUGCUAG